CGGGCAGAAUCGGCAAUAGUCAACGAUGAGAGGUGUGAGCCUGCGCGUGGAGUUACGCCAAAUACGCGAUUUCAUUUGAUUUUGGAAUAUUUCUUCUCCAAUUUUUCCCCGUUUCUUUUUCCAACGAUUUCGCAUUAUUUUUCAUUUUCAUUUUUGAUUUUUCUUUCUUCCAUUUCAAUUUUUAAUUCCGAUCGAACACCAAAAUCCUUAUUUCCUUUUCAUUCUUUUGAAAAUUUUAAUUGAUUGAUUAACUGUUGCAAAGUUGAGUUUUUGAUCGGCAAUGGUGAAAGAAACUGAUUUCUACGACAUUUUAGGGGUCAGCCCUUCUGCGACAGAGUCUGAAAUCAAGAAAGCUUAUUAUAUGAAGGCACGGCAGGUCCAUCCAGAUAAAAAUCCUAAUGAUCCUCAAGCAGCUCAGAAUUUUCAGGUGUUGGGAGAGGCUUACCAAGUAUUAAGUGAUCCGGCACAACGACAAGCAUAUGAUGCUCAUGGGAAAGCAGGAAUCUCAACUGAAGCAAUUAUUGAUCCUGCAGCAAUAUUUGCAAUGCUCUUUGGUAGUGAGCUUUUUGAGGAAUAUAUAGGUCAACUUGCUAUGGCAUCAAUGGCCUCAUUAGACAUUUUCACAGAGGGGGAGCAGUUUGAUGCUAAAAAGGUGCAGGAAAAAAUGAAGGUUGUUCAGAAGGAAAGAGAAGAUAAGCUUGCACAAUUAUUGAUAGAUCGACUAAAUCAAUAUGUGCAAGGAAACAAAGCGGACUUUGUUAAUCAUGCAGAAGCUGAAGUAUCAAGACUCUCUAGUGCAGCAUAUGGUGUUGGUAUGUUGAAUACAAUUGGUUACAUCUAUGCAAGACAAGCAGCAAAGGAACUUGGAAAGAAAGCAAUAUACUUGGGUGUACCCUUCGUUGCUGAAUGGUUUAGAAACAAAGGUCAUUUUAUUAAAUCCCAAGUAACAGCAGCAACAGGUGCAAUUGCUUUGCUUCAGCUGCAGGAAGACAUGAAGAAGCAGCUUAGUGCAGAAGGAAAUUACAGUGAGGAAGAGCUUGAGGAGUACAUGCAAUCUCACAAGAAACUGAUGAUUGAUUCAUUAUGGAAGCUUAAUGUAGCUGACAUAGAAGCUACUCUUUCUCGUGUUUGUCAAAUGGUUCUCCAUGAUCAAAAAUGCAAAAAGGAAGAGCUUCGAGCACGAGCAAAAGGGUUGAAAACUCUUGGUAAAAUCUUCCAGAGUGUCAAGUCAACAAAUGGAAAUGAGAGUGAUCCUGUGCUAGGCAAUAAUGCAAGACAUAAAUUAGAUGGAGUUGAGCCAAGUUAUAACAGUGGUUCUCCAAAUGUAUCAACAAAGUCCUCAUCCCGGGAAGAACUAUCUCCUUCUCCAUUGGCACCACAGAGCCCAUACGUGGAGGCCCCUAACUUUGUUAAUGCUCAAUUGCCGAGGCCAACAGCACCGCCUGGUGCACAAAGACAUCCAUGAAUUACCUGAAGAGAUGGAGAGGCUUUGAUUCGUAAAGGUAUACGCUUGUAUUAGACAGCUAUAUCAUCUUGUAUCAAUAUUGUGGGAGCAGCUACAACUGGCAAAAGGUUUUUUUUUUUCUUUCAAAUGUUACAUGAUUUAAUCAUGCAUACUUUUUUUGUGUUUUGAGAGAUUUCAAGAGCAUAUCCCACCCCCAUAGUGAAGCAUGCCUUCUAUGAUCUUUGUGACAGAUUAGAUCUCUAUAAUAUCAUAAGUAAUAAAUAUAUAUAUAUAGUUCUUUCGAUUGUCA